AUGGCGAGGGGCGAGAACAGCGAGUCGCACGGCAGCGGCAACGUCCCGGCGGCCCCCGCACCAGGGGCAGCGUCAGCGUCCUCGGGGAAGCAGGCGCCGGCGGCUGCGCGUGGCGCGGACGGGCAGUCGGUGGUGCGGCGGCUGCAGUCGGAGCUGAUGGCGCUGAUGAUGGGCGGCGACCCCGGGGUGUCGGCGUUCCCGGAGGGGGACAACAUCUUCCAGUGGGUCGGCACCAUCGACGGAUCCGCCGCCACCGCGUACGAGGGCACCUCCUACCGCCUCGCGCUCGCCUUCCCCAGCGACUACCCCUACAAGCCGCCCAAGGUGCGGUUCGAGACCCCCUGCUUCCACCCCAACGUCGAUAACCACGGCAACAUCUGCCUCGACAUCCUCCAGGACAAGUGGUCCUCCGCCUACGACGUCCGCACCAUCCUCCUCUCCAUCCAGAGCCUGCUCGGAGAGCCGAACAACGACUCCCCCCUGAACACACAGGCGGCCGCGCUCUGGGCGAAUCAAGAAGAGUUCAGGAAGAUGGUGGAGAAGCUCUACAAGCCGGCGUAA